CCUUCCUCGUUAGUCAAUCCUUCCUCUUUCACUCCAUUUGCAGGAGGACCAAAGAAAAACAGGAAGAACAAAACCAGUGAAUUGCGGGGAAAAUCUGGUGUAAUUGUGUGUUUUGCCGAUGGACUUUUGGCAAAAGGCUAUGGGCUUCGCCGAGGAAGCGGCGAAGCGGUCACAGGAGCUGACAAAGGAAGCGGCCAGGCGGUCGUCGGACUUGACGAUUGGUUCGACGAAGCUAGGAGACAUUGUGAGUCAGGCAUCGAAGCGUUCUCAGGAGCUGACCAAGGAAGCGGCGAGGAGGUCGUCCGAGCUUACAAUCGGCUCGACGAAGCUAGGGGACAUCGUUACUGAGGCGUCGAAGCGGUCGAAGGAGAUCGUGGUGGAGGCUUCAAAACGAGCCGAGCAGAUCAGAGUUGAAGCGUCCAAGCGAGCGGAUCUCAUCAGGUCCUCCCUCUCUGACGGGAUUCCCCCUGCGGAUCCGCAGCUGGACCAAGAGAAAGAUCUAAAGAAGUUCGGUGUUACGGAAGAAUUGCGAGAGUUUAUUAAGGGUAUUACUGCGAGCACUUUUCAGGAUUUUCCUCUUGAAGAUGAUUCACCAAUGUCUGAUGUUCCCACUGUCUCAAAUGUUAGUCAGGACCUCACAGAGUGGCAAGUAAAACAUGCCAGUCUUGUUCUUUCAACAGUCAAGGAAAUUUCGAAGUUGAGAUAUGAGUUGUGCCCCCGUGUUAUGAAAGAAAGGAAGUUCUGGAGGAUAUACUUCAUGCUAGUAAACAGUCAUGUCAUACCUUAUGAGAAGCGAUACAUGGAAGAGAAGCAGAAAUCUUCAGAACAAGUAAAUGAUAAAAAUGUUGAGGAACCUUCAUAUGUUGCAAUGAAUUCUAAAACUGAGGCAAAGAAUAAAACUUCAACCUCAUCUACUGAGCAAGAUUUGGAUGUAUUUCUUUUGGGUGGUGACAGUGAUGAAGGAGGCCCUGAGGAUGAUGUUGGUGAUGGAAGCUUAGAUGAUGAUUUUGACAAGAUGGCAGAUUUCUUGGAUGACGAUAAGGGUAAAUUGUAGGAGAUCCAGAAGGAGGUUUCAACAUGGUUUAUCGUCGCUGCUCUUUAUCUGAAGAGGAAAUUGCUACGUUGGUGACAGGAAUGGAAGUAAUAGCAUUCUAGUAUAGUAGAAACCAGAUCAGCUCUCUGGUCUAAAGCUGUAAGAAUCAUUUCUGUUCAUUCUCCACUCUUUUCGUACAGUUUAAUUUCCUUUUGUUUCUUUUUUUACCCAUGUCUCCUUCAGAUGAGAGAGGGGGUGACGUCGUCAUAUUCUGUCUAAAGUAUGAUCUAUCAUAUGUUUAAUGGUAAAUGCAAUAUUCGUUCAAGUUACACAGUUUUGCUUCCUCCUUUUUAGCCUUUAAAGGCAUAGCUGUAUCAUAGAACGCAAUGAUGUUCUUUUUUCGUUAAUGACUUGUAGACAACGUUUAUCCAUAACAAAUUCUUACAAGUACU